AUGGAGGAUUAUUAUAACACCGAAGACGAAGAGGAUUGCUACUCGACCCAUGGAGAGGCGGAAUUGGUCAAUGGGCUUGAAAGUGACGAUGUGGAUGCUCAUCGGGCCCAAUCGAAAUCAAGUACCUGCAAAGUUAUAACAAAAGAGUCUCUCUUGGCUGCUCAGAAAGAAGAUUUACGUCGGGUGAUGGAUUUGCUGUCUGUGAAAGAACACCACGCCAGGACUCUUCUCAUUCAUUACCGAUGGGAUGUUGAGAAUUUAAUUUCAGUUUAUGUUGAAAAAGGGAGAUCUUGCUUAUUUGCUGAUGCUGGCAUUAGUAUUGUUAUUGAUCUUGACCCAGAGGAGCCUCCCUCUACUGUGAUGUGCAAUAUAUGUAUGGAUGAUGUGGCUGGGCAAGAUGUGACCUUAAUGGAUUGCGGUCAUUGCUUUUGCAACGAUUGCUGGACAGAGCAUUUCAUUGUCAAAAUUAAUGAGGGCCAGAGCAAGCGAAUCAGGUGCAUGGCCCACAAAUGCAAUGCCAUAUGCGACGAAGCUGUUGUCAGGCGUCUCGUCAGCUCGAGGAACCCUGACCUAGUUGAGAAGUUUGACCGGUUUCUUCUCGAGUCAUACAUCGAGGACAACAAGAUGGUCAAGUGGUGCCCGAGCGUACCCCACUGUGGGAACGCGUUACGUGUGGACAGUGAUGAGUUCUGUGAAGUGGAGUGCUCCUGUGGCUUUCAGUUCUGUUUCAGCUGUCUCUUGGAGGCACACUCCCCUUGCUCGUGCUUGAUGUGGCAGCUUUGGACAAAGAAGUGCCAGGAUGAGUCUGAGACAGUCAACUGGAUUACUGUGCAUACGAAGCCCUGUCCCAAGUGCUACAAGCCCGUGGAGAAGAACGGUGGCUGUAACUUGGUUAGCUGCGUAUGCGGACAGUCGUUUUGUUGGCUGUGUGGUGGAGCUACAGGCCGGAACCAUACUUGGAACUCUAUUGAUAAUCAUAGCUGUGGUCGGUUUAAAGAAGAUACUGUGAAGAAGGCAGAGCGUGCGAAGAGAGACCUCUACAGAUACACACAUUACUACAGCCGGUAUAAAGCGCACGUGGACUCCUUGAAGCAGGAAUCUCGUCUGAGGGAGACAAUGAAGGAGAAAGUAUCAAUUCUAGAAGCUAGGGACUCAAAUUUAAAGGAUUUUAGUUGGGUCACAAAUGGGCUUUACAGGUUGUUCCGGUCGAGACGGGCUCUGUCAUACUCGUAUCCAUUUGCAUUCUACAUGUUUGGUGAUGAGAUGUUUAAGGGUGAGAUGAAGAAAAAGCACAGAGAAAUAAAAAAGAACUUAUUUGAGGACCAGCAGCAGCAGCUGGAGGCCAACAUCGAGAGACUAUCCAAAUUUCUCGAGGAGCCUUUCAAUGAGUAUUCAGAUGAACAAGUCAUGCAGACAAGGUUGCAAGUCAUUAAUCUCUCUUUGGUUGUUGAUAACCUCUGCAAGAAAAUGCAUGAGUGCAUUGAGAAUGAUUUGCUGGGUGCACUUCAGUACAGUAUCCAUAUCAUAGCUCCAUACCAUUCACAAGGCGUUGAGAAGGCAGAGGAGCUGAUUGAUGGGUUCACCAGCAAUAGUGAGAACUUGAAGGAAGCAAAGGACCAAGCAUCCGGAUCCGGGACUUCUGGGAAUGAUAAUCAGCAGAUUUCUCGAAAACGUGCUAGAGACGGUUCUUCUGAUAGUUCUUUUGAUCUCAAUGCACCUGCAAAGUCUCACCAUGUGCAACCUUGA